GGGAGGAGGGAGGAGGGAGGAGGAAGGAGGGAGGGUCGCGGCCGCCAUGGGGCCGGGGGCCCGGGGCCGCCGCCUCCGUCGUCGCCUGAUGGCCCUGCCACCACCACCACCGCCGCCCAUGCGGGCGCUGCCCCUGCUGCUGCUGCUAGCGGGGCCGGGGGCUGCAGCUCCCCCUUGCCUGGAUGGAAGCCCAUGUGCAAAUGGAGGUCGGUGCACCCAGCAGCCCUCCCGGGAGGCUGCUUGCCUGUGCCUGCCAGGCUGGGUGGGUGAGCGGUGCCAGCUGGAAGACCCUUGCCACUCAGGCCCCUGUGCUGGCCGUGGCGUCUGCCAGAGUUCAGUGGUGGCAGGCACUGCCCGAUUCUCCUGUCGCUGUCCCCGUGGCUUCCGAGGCCCAGACUGCUCCCUGCCAGACCCCUGCCUCAGCAGCCCUUGUGCUCAUGGUGCCCGCUGCUCAGUGGGGUCAGAUGGCCGCUUUGUCUGCUCCUGUCCACCUGGCUACCAGGGUCGAAGCUGUCGAAGUGAUGUAGAUGAGUGCCGAGCGGGUGGAUCCUGCCGCCACGGUGGUACCUGCCUCAACACUCCUGGCUCCUUCCGCUGCCAAUGUCCACUUGGCUACACAGGGCUGCUGUGUGAGAACCCCACAGUGCCCUGUGCCCCUUCCCCAUGUCGUAAUGGUGGAACUUGUAGGCAGAGUAGUGAUACCACUUAUGACUGUGCUUGUCUUCCUGGCUUUGAGGGCCAGAAUUGUGAGGUCAAUGUGGAUGACUGCCCUGGACAUCGGUGUCUCAAUGGGGGAACCUGUGUGGAUGGUGUCAACACUUACAACUGCCAGUGCCCUCCUGAGUGGACAGGCCAGUUCUGCACAGACGAUGUAGAUGAAUGUCAGUUGCAGCCCAAUGCCUGCCACAACGGGGGCACCUGCUUCAAUCUACUGGGUGGCCACAGCUGUGUCUGUGUCAAUGGCUGGACGGGUGAGAGCUGCAGUCAAAAUAUUGAUGACUGUGCUACGGCUGUGUGCUUCCACGGGGCCACCUGCCAUGACCGUGUGGCCUCUUUCUACUGUGCCUGCCCUAUGGGCAAGACAGGCCUCCUGUGUCAUCUGGACGAUGCGUGUGUUAGCAACCCCUGCCACGAGGAUGCUAUCUGUGACACCAACCCUGUGAGUGGUCGGGCCAUCUGCACCUGUCCACCCGGCUUCACUGGAGGGGCAUGUGACCAGGACGUGGAUGAGUGCUCCAUUGGUGCCAACCCCUGUGAACAUUUGGGUCGGUGUGUGAACACACAGGGCUCCUUCCUGUGUCAGUGUGGCCGUGGCUACACUGGACCUCGCUGUGAGACGGAUGUCAACGAGUGUCUGUCUGGGCCCUGCCGCAACCAGGCCACGUGUCUUGACCGAAUUGGCCAGUUCACCUGCAUCUGUAUGGCAGGCUUCACAGGGACCUACUGCGAGGUGGACAUAGAUGAAUGUCAGAGCAGCCCGUGUGUCAAUGGUGGCGUCUGUAAGGAUCGCGUCAAUGGCUUCAGCUGUACCUGCCCAUCUGGAUUCAGUGGGUCCACGUGCCAGCUGGACGUGGACGAAUGUGCAAGCACUCCCUGCCGGAAUGGCGCCAAGUGUGUGGACCAGCCCGAUGGCUAUGAGUGUCGCUGUGCAGAGGGCUUUGAGGGCACCCUGUGUGAGCGAAAUGUGGACGACUGCUCUCCAGACCCCUGCCACCACGGGCGCUGUGUCGAUGGCAUCGCUAGCUUCUCGUGUGCGUGUGCCCCAGGCUACACGGGCACACGCUGUGAGAGCCAGGUGGAUGAGUGUCGCAGCCAGCCCUGCCGCUAUGGUGGCAAAUGCCUAGACUUGGUGGACAAGUACCUCUGCCGCUGUCCUCCGGGAACCACAGGUGUGAACUGCGAAGUCAACAUUGAUGAUUGUGCCAGCAACCCCUGUACCUUUGGUGUCUGCCACGAUGGCAUCAACCGCUAUGAUUGCGUCUGUCAGCCGGGCUUCACAGGGCCCCUCUGCAAUGUGGAGAUUAACGAGUGUGCAUCCAGCCCCUGUGGAGAGGGUGGCUCCUGUGUGGAUGGGGAAAACGGCUUCCGUUGCCUCUGCCCACCUGGCUCCCUGCCCCCUCUGUGCCUGCCUGCGAAUCAUCCCUGUGCGCACAAGCCCUGCAGUCACGGAGCCUGCCACGAUGCAUCUGGCGGGUUCCGCUGUGUGUGUGAGCCUGGUUGGAGUGGCCCCCGCUGCAGCCAGAGCCUGGCUCCAGAUGCCUGUGAGUCCCAGCCCUGCCAGGCUGGCGGCACCUGUACCAGUGAUGGAAGAGGCUUCCACUGUACCUGUCCCCCUGGAUUUCAGGGCCGUCAGUGUGAGGUGCUGUCCCCCUGUACUCCAAGCCUCUGUGAGCAUGGAGGCCACUGUGAGUCUGACUCUGGCCAGCUGACUGUCUGUUCCUGUCCCCCAGGCUGGCAAGGCUCACGGUGCCAGCAGGAUGUGGAUGAGUGUGCUGGUGCCUCCCCCUGCGGCCCCCAUGGUACCUGCACCAACCUGCCUGGGAGCUUCAGGUGUAUCUGCCAUGGGGGAUACACUGGCCCUUUCUGUGAUCAGGACAUUGACGACUGUGACCCCAACCCUUGCCUCAAUGGUGGUUCCUGCCAGGACGGCGUGGGCUCCUUUACCUGCUCUUGCCUCACUGGCUUUGCUGGUCCUAGCUGUGCUUGGGAUGUGGACGAGUGUCUGAGCAACCCCUGUGGCCCCGGCACCUGUACUGAUCACGUGGCCUCUUUCACCUGUACCUGUCCACCUGGCUAUGGAGGUUUCCACUGUGAGAAUGACCUGCCGGACUGCAGCCCCAGUUCCUGCUUCAAUGGAGGAACCUGCGUGGAUGACGUUAACUCCUUCAGCUGUCUGUGUCGCCCUGGCUACACGGGCACCCACUGCCAAUAUGAGACCGACCCCUGCCUCUCCCGGCCCUGUCUGCAUGGGGGCGUCUGCAACCCUACCCACCCAGGGUUUCAAUGCACCUGCCAGGAGGGCUUCACUGGGAAUCUGUGCCAGAACCUGGUGGACUGGUGCAGCCAGUCACCCUGUCAGAAUGGGGGUCGCUGUGUCCAGACUGGUGCCUACUGCAUUUGUCCCCCUGGGUGGAGUGGCCGCCUGUGUGACAUAAAAAGUCUACCCUGCAAAGAGGCUGCAGCCCAGAUGGGGGUACGGUUGGAGCAGCUGUGUCAGGCAGGUGGGCAGUGUGUAGACAAGGACCACUCCCACUACUGUAUGUGUCCAGAGGGCCGCACCGGUAGUCACUGUGAACAGGAAGUGGACCCCUGCACAGCCCAGCCCUGCCACCAUGGGGGCACCUGCCGUGGUUACAUGGGGGGCUACGUGUGUGAGUGUCCUGCCGGCUAUUCUGGUGACAAUUGUGAGGACGAUGUGGAUGAGUGUGCCUCCCAGCCCUGCCAGCAUGGAGGCUCCUGUAUUGAUCUCGUGGCCCGCUAUCUCUGUUCCUGUCCCCCUGGCACACUUGGAGUUCUCUGUGAGAUCGAUGAGGAUGACUGUGGCCCAGGCCCAUCCUUGGAUUCAGGCCUCCGGUGCCUACACAACGGUACCUGUGUGGACCUGGUGGGUGGCUUCCGCUGUAACUGUCCCCCCGGAUACACGGGUUUGCACUGUGAGGCAGACAUCAAUGAGUGUCGCCCAGGUGCCUGCCACGCAGCUCACACCCGCGACUGCCUACAAGAUCCAGGUGGGCACUUCCGCUGCCUCUGCCAUCCUGGCUUCACAGGGCCUCGCUGUCAGACUGCCCUGUCCCCUUGUGAGUCCCAACCGUGCCAGCAUGGAGGCCAGUGCCAUCCCAGCUCAGGCCCUGGAGGUGGGCUGACCUUCACCUGUCACUGUGUCCAGCCAUUCUGGGGUCUGCGUUGCGAGAGGAUAGCACGCUCCUGCCGAGAGCUGCAGUGUCCGAUGGGUAUCCCAUGCCAGCAGACUGCCCGUGGGCCACGCUGUGCUUGUCCUCCUGGGCUGUCCGGUCCCUUCUGCCGGGUCUCUAGAGCGUCACCCUCAGGCGCUACUAAUGCCAGCUGCACAGCUUCCACUUGUCUGCAUGGGGGUUCAUGCCUGCCUCUGCAGAUCGUUCCUUUCUUCCGCUGUGUAUGCGCUCCGGGCUGGACUGGCCCGCGUUGCGAGACCCCAUCUACAGCCCCUGAAAUCCCCGAGGAGCCACGGUGCCCGAGAGCCGCCUGCCAGGCCAAGAGAGGGGACCAGAAUUGCGAUCGCGAGUGCAACACCCCGGGCUGUGGCUGGGACGGCGGCGACUGCUCGCUGAACGUGGACGACCCCUGGCGGCAGUGCGAGGCACUGCAGUGCUGGCGUCUCUUCAACAACAGCCGGUGUGACCCAGCCUGCAGCUCCCCAGCCUGCCUCUAUGACAACUUUGACUGCUACGCUGGUGGCCGCGAACGCACCUGCAACCCGGUUUAUGAGAAGUACUGCGCUGACCACUUUGCAGAUGGCCGCUGUGACCAGGGCUGCAAUACUGAGGAGUGUGGCUGGGAUGGACUGGACUGUGCCAGCGAGGUCCCGGCCCUUCUGGCCCGAGGGGUUCUGGUCCUCACGGUUCUUCUGCCCCCUGAAGAGUUGUUGCGUUCCAGCGCUGACUUCCUGCAGCGACUCAGUGCUAUUCUGCGCACCUCUUUGCGCUUCCGCCUGGAUGCUCGUGGCCAGGCCAUGGUCUUCCCCUAUCACCGACCAAGCCCUGUCUCCGACUCCCGUGUCCGACGUGAACUGGGUCCCGAGGUGAUCGGCUCUGUAGUGAUGCUGGAGAUUGACAAUCGGCUCUGCCUGCAGUCACCUGAGAAUGACCACUGCUUCCCCGAUGCCCAGAGCGCUGCUGAUUACCUGGGAGCCUUGUCAGCAGUAGAGCGACUUGAUUUCCCAUACCCACUGCGGGAUGUUCGAGGAGAGCCGCUGGAGCCUCCAGAGCAGAGUGUGCCAUUGCUGCCACUGCUGGUGGCAGGUGCCGUCUUUCUGCUGGUCAUCUUCGUCCUGGGUGUCAUGGUGGCCAGGCGCAAGCGCGAGCACAGCACUCUCUGGUUCCCAGAGGGCUUUGCACUACACAAGGACAUAGCAGCUGGCCAUAAGGGCCGGAGGGAGCCUGUGGGACAAGAUGCACUGGGCAUGAAGAACAUGGCCAAAGGUGAGAGUCUGAUGGGAGAGGUGGCCACAGACUGGAUGGACUCAGAGUGCCCAGAGGCCAAGAGACUGAAGGUAGAGGAGCCAGGCAUGGGGGCUGAGGAGCCUGUGGACUGUCGCCAGUGGACCCAGCACCACCUGGUUGCCGCUGAUAUCCGUGUGGCCCCCGCCAUGGCGUUGACUCCGCCCCAGGGUGAUGCAGAUGCUGAUGGCAUGGAUGUUAACGUACGUGGCCCUGAUGGCUUCACCCCGCUUAUGCUGGCCUCCUUCUGUGGGGGAGCCCUGGAGCCGAUGCCGGCCGAGGAAGACGAGGUGGAUGACGCGUCAGCCAGCAUCAUAUCAGACCUGAUCUGCCAGGGGGCCCAGCUCGGAGCACGAACUGACCGCACUGGCGAGACCGCCCUGCAUCUGGCUGCCCGCUAUGCCCGUGCGGAUGCCGCCAAGCGGCUACUGGAUGCUGGGGCAGACACCAACGCCCAGGACCAUUCGGGCCGCACCCCGCUGCACACAGCGGUGACGGCAGAUGCCCAGGGUGUUUUUCAGAUUCUCAUCAGGAACCGCUCCACUGACCUGGAUGCUCGCAUGGCAGAUGGCUCUACUGCACUGAUCCUGGCGCAAAGAGUGCAUCUUGUAACCCAAGCCUGUGGGUGGCCAAAAUGCCUACAGGGGAUGUGGCCUCUUAAUAGGGGUGGAAAUGACUUCCGUAGUUUGCCUGUCCUGUCUUGGGGACCUGACAUGAACCUGGCUCUGAUUUUAUCUACAGGGAAAUCAGCCUUACAUUGGGCUGCAGCUGUGAACAAUGUGGAGGCUACCUUGGCUCUGCUGAAAAAUGGAGCCAACAAGGACAUGCAGGACAGCAAGGAGGAGACGCCACUGUUCUUGGCUGCCCGUGAGGGCAGCUUUGAGGCUGCCAAGCUGCUGCUGGACCAUUUUGCCAACCGGGAGAUCACAGAUCACCUGGACAGGCUGCCCCGAGAUGUAGCCCAAGAGCGGUUGCACCAGGACAUUGUGCGGUUGCUGGACCAGCCCAGUGGCCCCCGGAGUCCCCCGGGUCCCCAUGGCUUGGGGCCUCUGCUCUGCCCACCAGGGGCCUUCCUUCCUGGGCUCAAAGCGGUGCAGUCUGGGACCAAGAAGAGCAGGAGGCCACCUGGCAAGACGGGGCUAGGGCCACAGGGAACCCGGGGUCGGGGCAAGAAGCUGACACUGGCCUGCCCAGGCCCUCUGGCAGACAGCUCUGUCACAUUGUCGCCUGUGGACUCGCUGGACUCCCCGAGGCCUUUCGGUGGGCCCCCUGCUUCCCCUGGAGGCUUCCCCCUGGAGGGUCCCUAUGCUACCACGGCUACUGCGGUGUCCUUGGCACAGCUUGGUGCAAAUCGGGCGGGCCCUCUCGGGCGCCAGCCUCCCGGGGGUUGUGUGCUCAGCCUGGGUCUACUCAACCCUGUGGCUGUGCCCCUCGACUGGGCCCGGCUGCCUCCACCUGCCCCACCUGGGCCCUCAUUCCUGUUGCCCCUGGCUCCAGGACCCCAACUACUCAACCCAGGAACCCCAGUUUCUCCCCAGGAGCGACCGCCACCCUACCUGGCAGCCCCAGGACAUGGAGAGGAAUACCCUGCAGCGGGGACCCACAGCAGCCCCACAAAGGCCCGCUUCCUGCGGGUUCCCAGCGAGCAUCCUUAUUUGACCCCAUCUCCAGAGUCUCCAGAGCACUGGGCCAGCCCGUCCCCUCCCGCCCUCUCAGACUGGUCCGACUCUACCCCUAGCCCAGCAACUGCCCCUGGUGCCACAGCGGCUGGAGCCCUACCUGCUCAGCCACACCCCAUGCCUGUUCCCUCCCUCCCUCAGUCCCAGACUCAGCUGGGGCCCCAGCCAGAAGUCACCCCCAAGAGACAGGUGAUGGCCUAAGUUCUUGGAUCUUGGCGAGCAGGGGUGGGGGGCGGGGGUUGAAGUAACACCCCUCCCUGGUUUCUCUUCCUUUUAAUUUUAUUCUCAUCCGUUUCUCUCUGUUCUGUACCUGCCUUCCUGCACCUCUCCGUAGUCGUGUGACCAAGCUGGUCACAAGCCCAGACCCCCAGUCUUCCUUUAUUUAUAAUGGGUAGGGGCUGACCUCCCACCAUCUCGGCCCUCUCAGGGGUCUGGGACUUCUUGACCCCUCACCCUGCCUCCACUACUCCCCCCUCCCGCGCACCUUUUGUUUUUGCCUCUUCUUAUUUUCUCACACUCUGGCAUGAGUGAGUUAUUUUUUCUUUUUUACGUUUUGUAUAGAGACAAAUUCAUUUAAACAAACUUAUUAUUAUUAUUAUUUUUUACAAAAUAUAUAUAUGGAGAUGCUCCCCGCCCCUGCAAAUCCCUCCAGCGCCCCCGUGGGGCUGAGUCUGUGGGCCCAUUCGGCCGAUCCGGACUCUGUGUACCGAGUACACAGACAGGACUAGGGUCCCGUGUACUGAGUAUGCGGCCCUGGUAUGUACCAAGUAGCCAGCCUUGGGCACACCCUCCCCUGGGGUCAGGGGACACUUGGGAGCCUCCUUCCCCUUCCCAUACCCUUUCCUGACUUCACUGCAUUCCAGAUAAAACUUGUAGACUCGCUGAGAAAGGGGUCUUUCCCACCAAAGCCCCCACUCCAGGUCCCCCUCCUGAGCCUGGCUCAGCUUUUAGGGUUGGGGGAAGUCAUGUAUUUUGUAUGCAUUCCACUUCUAAUUGUAAAUACAGGGCUGAAGUUGGGGAGACACUACCUGUGAGAGUAGCACCCCCUCUUCCUGGUAUUCCCUCGGCUCAGCCUCACUGCCUAAUAGCAAUGUUUUUAGGCUAUUUUUAUAAUAUGGCACUUGGUCACAGUCCAUUGUAGCUGAAUUCCCAGGUCUUGCAUUGUACAGCCCUCACCUCCCAGUUCCCUUACCACCUAAUAAAGGAAUAGUUAAC